GACAAAACACUCUCUCCUCACAGACACAAUAAAGUUUAGCGCUGGACUCUCGCUGGCAGUAGGCUCCGAGCUCCCCGCUGCUUGUCGCAUGUGGACGCAACGUGAAACAGGCACGGCGGACACGCACUGGAAUAUAACAUUAACGCUAAAAGUGAAGGAGUGAUUUUCAUGACUGCUGUUUGGACCUCAUAUUUACUGCAUGGCGCGGAGUGGAAUAUUAUAGUCACAUCAGCGCACGGACCUUUACGCACGGUGUGGACUACACAAUUGGCAUUGCCAUAACGUAAACUGUAUUUUGCUUGGACGUUUAUUUAAUAAGUUACUGUUAUUGUGUUGUGCUGACCAUGCCCGGGCCAGCGCUCAUGCGGACAGCCGUCCUCUCCUUCAUGUCUGCGCUGCUCUGUCCGCUUGGCGUGGUGCAAGGCUUUGGAGACGAUGUAGAAGAGAUGACCUGUGAUCCCAUCCGGAUCAGCAUGUGCCAGGGUCUGGGCUAUAAUGUCACCAAGAUGCCCAAUUUGGUCGGCAACGUUCUGCAGUCGGACGCUGAGCUGCAACUGACCACGUUUACGCCGCUGAUCCAGUACGGCUGCUCCAGUCAGCUCAAGUUCUUCCUGUGCUCUGUCUAUGUUCCCAUGUGCACAGACAAAGUGCCCAUCCCCAUUGGUCCAUGUAAAAGCAUGUGUCUGUCUGUGAAGAGGAAGUGCCUUCCGGUUCUGCACGAGUUUGGCUUCAUUUGGCCAGAGAUGCUGAAUUGCAGCCUGUUCCCACCUCAGAACGACCACAACCACAUGUGCAUGGAGGGCCCGGGCGACGAGGACCCGCCCUACCACCCUGUACGCCACCCGCCUCACCAAGAGGAGUGCCAGGCGCUAGGGUCACUGCCCGACCAGUACAUCUGGCUCAAGCAGACAGACAGCUGUGCUCUGCAGUGUGGCUACGACAGCGGCCUGUAUCGCAGAGGGGCCAAAGUCUUCACCGAUGCCUGGAUGGCCGUGUGGGCGGUGCUCUGCUUCCUCUCCACCACUCUGACGGUCCUGACAUUUCUCCUGGACUCGCAGCGCUUCUCCUACCCAGAAAGGCCCAUCAUCUUCCUGUCCAUGUGCUGCAAUCUCUACAGCGUGGCCUAUCUGGUACGCUUGACAUUGGGGAGGGAGCGUGUGUCCUGUGACCUAGAUGCCACAGCUGUUCCCAUUCUGGUGCAAGAAGGCCUGAAGAGCACUGGUUGUGCUAUAGUGUUUCUCCUACUCUAUUUCUUUGGCAUGGCCUCCUCACUGUGGUGGGUUAUUCUGACCCUGACUUGGUUUCUGGCUGCUGGGCUCAAGUGGGGACAUGAAGCUAUUGAAAUGCACAGCUCCUACUUCCACAUUGCCGCCUGGGCCAUUCCUGCUGUUAAAACCAUAGUGAUCCUCAUAAUGAGACUAGUAGAUGCAGAUGACCUCACUGGGCUCUGUUAUGUUGGAAACAUGCAACAGGAGGCACUCACUGGGUUUGUUGUUGCACCACUGGCUACUUAUCUUCUCAUAGGAACAUUGUUUAUCUGUGCCGGCCUGGUGGCCCUCUUUAAGAUAAGAUCCAAUCUGCAAAAGGACGGUGCUAAAACGGACAAGCUGGAGCGGCUGAUGGUGAAGAUUGGGGUCUUUUCUGUACUUUACACAGUCCCGGCCUCCACUGUGAUUGGCUGUUACCUUUACCAGCUCUCCAACUGGGCAGAGUUCAGUUCCACUCCCAGGGACUCAUACAUCGCUUCAGAGAUGCUGCGGAUUUUCAUGUCACUUCUAGUCGGGAUCACAUCAGGUAUGUGGAUCUGGUCAGCAAAGACUCUACACACCUGGCAGCGCUGCUCUGCCCGGCUGCUCAAGGACAGCCGGGCCAGCAGAGGAGGUAAGAGGGCGCCAGGUGAGGGAUGGAUUAAACCCACCAAAGGAAAUGAGACAGUGGUAUGAGAAAGGUACUGAACGAAGAGGAACUUUGACCUGCUUCAGUGUUGCCAAUGAACCCUGGUGAUGCCAAAAGACUGAUGUGCAAGCACAAUAAGGAGAUGGCACGGGUUUUUAAGCCACUGGAUGUUACCGUGUCAGCAGUCUAUGAGCAGACCCACUGACAGGGGUCUAUGGUCUGAGGGUUCAUUGAAGGGCACCAAGCCUCUUCACCUGACCUGUGGUCAGAGAGAGGAAGAAAGAGAGAGUGCCGCAGAAGGGUUGAACAGGAAGUAUGAGCAGAGGUAGCUGUGUGCUAUAGCCCAAUGUCUACCUCCACAGCCGAACACAGGCCCAGCCUGGGUCUUCUGAAGUUACACUUUUACACUGGAGGAUUCUUGUGCAGGUAUUACACAGGAUGAUAUUUUCCCUAAACCAUCUGUCAAAAACUCCCUGUUGGCCCUCAAGUGCACGGGAAAGUCAACUGUAAAAAAUGUGUAAACUUUGCAGGAGUGCGAUGAAGCAAAUUUGAGCAGAAUUCCCUGAUGAAGGAGCCAAAUGUCACUAUCUGAAAAACCAAAAACCACAAGCUUUUCAAUGCCUUGUGUAUGUACAUUAUGCAUGCACUAGAGAUAUAUGUGACCCUAAAGAGAGUAGUCCAGCAGUGCCUUUUAUUGAGCAAUAAAUGUGAACGCUUUAGGGGAUCUGGGAAAUGUAGGCUUGUGCUUUUUACCAUAGCAGACUCAGAGAAUGUCCAUUAACUUCCAGCACUGAGUGCACUCACCGAGCAGCCUUGUACUGUAUAUACAGUGUGUAACCAUGAAAUCCAGGAAAUGAAAUUAUUCCUUCUGCCCUCUUUUCAAAACAUAGGCCCCAAGGCCAGCUAAGAAUUAGAGGUUAUUAGACAAUCACUGGCCAAAAGACACAUUACCGUACAGUAUGGAGCACUACACACAAUAUACUGGAUCAAAACUGAACUGACCAAACAGGUUAAACUAUGUAUUCUGCGGUUUGAUCAUGUACAGCACAGGUGUCAAAGUCAAGGCCCGCGGGCCAAAUGCGGCCCCCCACAUCAUUUUAUGUGGCCCUCGACAGGGUAAAUUAAAAGGUUUGAUGGUCUUAAAAUCUCAAUUUAUCAGGAGAUACAGUUACACAGCCAUAUUUUUACAUCUACGCAAAUGCAUAUGCAAUAUGUGUAACUUGAAUAAGUCAUAAAUACAUAAACAGUUAAUUAACAAGUUGAAAAAUUAGUUAGAUUUAUUUACAUCUGGCCCUUUGAGAGCAGCCAUUUUGCUUAUGCGGCCCUCGGUGAAAAUGUGUUCGACACCCCUGAUGUACAGUAUGCAUAAUCCUCCAAUUCCGCAAAAUGGUUCUGUUCAAUGACAAUCAAUUACCCACUAUUGAUCCGACCAUACUAAACCAUGCAAUGUUGUCCUGUGUGAAGUAAGUUUGCCUGACAAUCUGAAUUAGUAUAAUAAUAAGCUCUUUGACUGUAAAGUAGAACUACAGAAGGGCUACUAGUGCAUUAGUAGUCACUCAUAUAUAUAUGUUUCCUUUUGAGACAGCCAUAUAUUACACAUGACUGGAUUGUCAACAAAAGGAUGAUUGAACUGUGCGCUUGUUUCUGGACAAGCCAAACAGCAGUGUUUCUCAGACUAGUAUGGCACACUUAUUACAUUACCAAUGUCAAACAAACAUUACGUUGAGUUAAAGAGAAUUGAAUUAGAAUGCUGACCAAAUCCCAAAUGAGCUAAUGCAGUUUGCCUGAAACAGUCUUAAUGCUUGGCCCCAUUCACUACUGAGGUUCAAGUGACAUGUCUAAACAAUCAGAGUUUUACCUUCAAAUACUCAACAUUACACUGCCGACAUAUGACGAGAACCACUGAAGAUGACUGUAAAUGCUUUUGGAAGUUUGUUAAUUUAUCAUUGUACAAAUAUUGGAAAUCUAUUUUUAACUUGUCUGUUAUUUAACACUUUUGUAUCAUUUGAUGAUAAAAGAAUAAAAAAUUUUAAUGCUAUGA